AUGACCCGACUUCAUGUGCUUGGGGUCAGGGGGCGAGGCCUUUCUAAGAUAAGACAGCGCUGGUACGUACUCAGUCGGUCUCAUCGCUAGCAGGGAUAUCAUCAUGAACAAGUUUGUCAUUUUUGCCUUUUUGGUCGGAGGUGUGAUGUGUCAGAAUGACGGCUCCACUCUUCUACACAACUUGUUUAACCAAAUGGACAUUGAUUUGAAUGGAUUUUUAUCAAUGACGGAGGCUGAGGCGGUUUUAAAAGCGAUGGACGCCAACGGAGAUGGCUUGGUGACGGAGAAAGAGUUCUACUUUGGUCUGGUGGCCGCCGCCCCCACACUCUGGCAGUGUGGCAAGAAUUUCUUUGACGCCCUCGAUGUGGACCACGUGAACCUCAUCAAAGAGAACCACAUUAAAACUAUCUAUAGCGACAUGGACAAAAACGCCAAUGGAAUCGUGAGCGAGGAUGAAUUCACAAAUUUUAUUAUUCAGCUGGAAAACAACUGCCGUGUCAACGGAAAGAUCAGUCAGUCCCAGAGAGCUGCCAGGAACCUCCGCCGAUAGAUGGGACACGUCAAAUAAACUCUAAUAAACCCG